AGCUUUCAGAAUCAAAAGAAAAAAUUGUGAAGAAUCUUUCCGUGCAGCUGAUACCCGCUGCAUCGUCGGUGAAGUCUCAAUUGAUUGAGUUGAUUAAUUCAUCCUUCUUUAACUGAGGCGCCGUUUUCCUUGAGGUGCACUGUAGACUGUCUUGUACGUGCACGCUAUUUGUCAAACUACUAUCUACGCCAGCUUUUGUUCUCAGAAAUCGUCUUGUAGAGGACACCAGAGCAGAGGCUUCGGCCACCAUUCACAACUUUUUCUUUUCACGCGUUGGUCGCGAAAAGAAGCGUGUCUUCGCUUCGUUAUGUAGAUCCACUUUACAACGUACACUACUGUCGUGUUUUCCUUUUCUUUUUUCUUUUUUUGCCACCCCAGAGGCUCCUUGCCGUAAGUGAAAAUGGGACCACGGACUUCUCUAGAGAAGGGCGCCCCAAGAGCGGCGCCGAUUCCUGUGUCCAACGGAGCUCGUCCUUCAUGGACCAAAACGGCUCGCGCCUUUCGCGUCUUUCGCGUUAUGUUGAUCGCCUUCUGCAUCAUGGUGUCGCUUCACACAGCUUUUCAGACCCGACUGCUCUCUGUGAAAAUGUACGGCUACCUAAUCCACGAGUUCGACCCGUGGUUCAACUACCGCGCCACGGAGUACAUGUCCGAGCACGGCUGGAAGGCGUUCUUCCGCUGGUUCGACUACAUGAGCUGGUACCCGCUGGGCCGCCCCGUCGGCUCCACCACGUACCCCGGCCUGCAGUUCACCGCCGUCGCCAUCCACCGCGUGCUGGCCGCGCUGGGGGUGCGCAUGUCGCUCAAUGAUGUGUGCGUGCUCAUCCCGGCGUGGUUCGGCUCCAUCGCCACGGCGCUGGUGGCUCUCAUGGCUGAUGAGAUGAGCAACUCUGGCCUCACUGCCGUCAUCGCCGCAUUUACCUUUAUGAUUUUGCCCGCACACCUGAUGCGGUCCAUGGCCGGCGAGUUCGACAACGAGUGCAUCGCCAUGGCGGCCAUGCUGCUCACCUUCUACCUGUGGGUCCGCUCCCUCCGCACGCGUGCCUCGUGGCCCAUCGGUGCGCUGGCGGGCGUGGCGUACGGCUACAUGGCGGCCGCGUGGGGCGGCUACAUUUUUGUGCUCAACAUGGUGGCCCUGCACGCCGGUGUGGCGGCGCUGGUGGACUGGGCACGCAACACGUACAGCCCGUCGCUGCUGCGCUCCUACGCGCUGUUCUACGUCGUCGGCACCGCCCUCGCCACGCGCGUGCCGCCCGUCGACAUGGCGCCCUUCCGCUCGCUGGAGCUGCUCGGUGCCUUGGUGGUGCUCGUCUUCCUCUGCGGCCUGCAGGUGUGCGAGGUGCUGCGCCGGCGUGCCGACGUCGAGGUGCGCUCCUCCGCCAACCUGAAGAUCCGCAUCCGCGUGUUCGGCGCGAUGGCCGGUGCCGGUGCCCUGGUGAUCGCCGUGCUGGCCCCCACCGGCUACUUCGGCCCGAUGUCGGCUCGCGUGCGUGCGCUCUUUGUGCAGCACACCCGCACCGGCAACCCGUUGGUGGACUCCGUCGCGGAGCACCAGCCCGCCUCCCCGGAAGCCUUCUGGACGUUUCUGCACAUCUGCAGCGUGAUGUGGGGACUGGGUGUAUUGCUGAUGACCGUCUCGUUGCCCCUCGACUACACCCCUGCCAAGCUUUUUUGGCUUCUCAAUUCCGCAGCUGCGUACUACUUUAGUCUGCGGAUGUCGCGACUGGUGCUGCUGUCGGGACCACCGGCGUGCCUUCUCACCGGCUACUUUACUGGAGCCUUGCUGGACGCGGCCGCGAAGUUGACUUUCUGGGACAGCGAAGCCACCAAGGCCAGGAUGGUGGAUGAGGCGGAGCAGCCCACUGCGACAGCCACGAACGGCGCCGCAACUCAGCGUAGCUCCAAAGCGGCUCACGUAGAGGAAGAGGCGUGCGCUCCGCCGCCCUCUUGUUUUACGGAUAUUAUUGACCGUAGUAGUAUGCCUUGGUGGCCUCGACUGCUCCUCUGCCUUUCCUUGUGGGCCCUUGCUGCUGCCAUUGGGUGGAACCUCGUUGGCUCAGACUUCAUUGCACAUGCGACGAUGUUCAGUCAGCACGCGUCAAACCCUAUGAUUGUCUUCCGGGCACGCGUGCGGGACCCACUGACUGGCAAGCCGACAGACAUCGUGGUUGACGACUACGUGGCGAGUUACAAGUGGCUGAGUAAACAAACCCCGCGUAGUUCGCGUGUGCUUGCCUGGUGGGACUACGGCUAUCAGAUCACCGGCAUCGGCAACCGCACGUCGCUCGCGGACGGCAACACGUGGAACCACGAGCACAUCGCCACCAUCGGCAAGAUGCUGACGUCGCCCGUUGCGGAGGCGCACUCGCUGGUGCGACACAUGGCGGACUACGUUCUCAUCUGGGCUGGGCAGAAUAAAGACGAUUUAAUGAAAUCACCGCACAUGGCCCGCAUCGGCAACAGCGUCUACCGCGACAUCUGUCCUGAUGACCCGCUGUGCCGCCACUUUAGUUUCCUCGAUCGAGAGUUCCGCAAACCCACGCCGACGAUGCGGGCCUCGCUGCUGUACAACCUGCACGAGAACAAAGUUGCUCCAGGCGUCGAGGUCGACCCGGCUCUCUUCCAGGAGGUGUACACCUCUAAGUAUGGCCUCGUGCGCAUCUACAAAGUGAUGAACGUCAGCCGUGAGAGCAAGAGGUGGGUGGCCGAUCCCGCCAACCGCGUGUGCAACCCGCCGGGGUCGUGGAUCUGCCCGGGUCAGUACCCGCCCGCGAAGGAGAUUCAGGCCAUGCUUGCCCACCGUGUGGAGUUUGAGCAGGAGGGGACCUUCAACCCCAAGCGCAAUGACUCGUAUUACAAGGCUUACAUGAAUGAGGCACGCCACGUUGCAGCGCUGUAA